CUUCACUAAUGCUAGCAAAACAGGAAGAGCAGGGCAUGAAUUUGGUGUCUUUUUUUUUAUAGGAGCGCACGAUAACGGGAUUUCCCACAGGUGGCUAAUAAAACACCAGUACACAGAGCUAAUGGUCGGUCUGUCAUUGCUGAAUCUAAUUGCUGCGUUGUAAGAGAGCCGCUGGGAGGAAAUUGGAUUGAGACAUCAUGUCUGCUGGUUGCCCACCACAAUCUCCUGCUGUGGCUAAAACAGAAGUAGCAUUGGAAGGAUUGUGCCCUCUCCUGGCAGCCACCUUUGCGUACUGGGACAAUAUCUUGGGACCCCGUGUAUGGCACAUUUGGUCCCCGAAGGAACAAGAUUCUUUGUUGCUCAGUGAUGAUGAGGUGACCUUUCUGGCAAACCACACGUUGAACGGCGAGAUAUUGCGGAGUGCAGAGAGCGGGGCUGUGGAUGUGAAAUUCUUUGUCUUGGCAGAGAAAGGUGUGAUCAUUGUAUCACUUAUUUUUGAUGGAGAACUGAAAGGUGACAAGAAUACCUGUGCACUGUCAAUCAUUCUGCCACAAUCAGAGCUGGACUUCUACCUGCCAUUGCACAGAGUGUGUGUGGAGAGGCUCAAGCAUGUUGUCCGGAAAGGACGCAUCUAUAUGCAGAAGGGUUGCAGCAUUAUCUCUGUGUUAACGUCUGAAAUCGUUCCCAUCAUGAAGCUUCUCACCUCCAUGAAAACACACAGCGUUCCGGAAGAAGUUCAUAUUAAAGACACAUUGUUGAAUGAUGAUGAUAUUGGAGACAGCUGUAGUGAAGACUUUUUGCACAAAGCCAUCAGCUCUCAUUUACAGACAUGCGGCUGCUCUGUUGUUGUUGGCAGCAAUCCAGACAAAGUCAAUAAGAUCGUGCUGACGUUGUCUUUGUUCCUCACUCCAAACGAGAGGAAGUGCUCGCGACAGUGCCGAGCCGACGUCUCCUUUCAGUAUGAUACUGGCCUGUUUGUUCAGGGGCUGCUCAAGGACUCCACAGGGAGCUUUGUGUUGCCUUACAAGCAGGUACUCUAUUCUCCCUAUCCAUCCACUCACAUUGAUGUGGACAUUAACACAGUGCAGCAGAUGCCUCCCUGCCACGAACACAUGUACCACCAGCACCGUUACAUGCAGGCCGAGCUCAGCAAACUCUGGAAGACUGUUAGCGAGGAUGACAUCAGCCCUGAAAACCUCAACAUCCAGGACUCCUUCACCCCAGACUUGAAUAUAUUUCAGGAUGUGAUACACAAAGACACACUGGUAAAGAAUUUUAUAGAUGAGGUUUUCCUCUUGAAGCCAGGCCUAAACCUGAGGAGUGUGUACUUGUCUCAUUUCCUUCUCCUGCUGCACAGGAAGGCUCUGACACUGCUCAGAUAUAUUGAGGAUGAUACGCAGAAGGGCAAAAAGCCGUUUAAGUCGCUGCGCAAUCUGAAGAUCGAUCUUGACUUGACUGUGGAAGGAGACCUGAACAUCAUCAUGGCAAUGGCUGAGAAGCUGCGGGCAGGGCUUCAUAACUUUGUAUUUGGAAGGCCUUUUAUCACCAGUGUACAGGAGCGUGACAUUCUCGGGAACUUUUAAGCUGGUCUCAGCUCAUGUCUAGAGAUUUUCUGAAAAUGUUUUGUGUAUAAAGUACUGUGUAUGUAUAAUGAUUUACUGUAAAGCUAUCUAUCUGUGUAAUUUUAUUUAAAUGUAUAAAAUAUCUUGAACUUAAAUACUAAGAAAAUGUUAUGCUGUGAAAGUCUUUCACUGUGUUUGGCAUGAACUUGUUUUAUAAUGGUUGUAAUACUACUGUUACAUUUCUUUAAAAGCAAAGUCAUCCAUAUCCUAAAAUAAAUCCUGGCCUAAAAAUAAAUAAUUGAUGCUAAUGGUACAAACUUAUUGUUAUCUUUUUUUAAGUAGAUUAUUAAUACACUUUAACUGGAAGUACCCUUGUGGUGGCCAUACUGAAAAACACAUUUACAUUUUCAGCAUAUGCCUUUAUCCAAAGCGGCUUAGGGUUAAGGGCCUUGCUCAAGGGCCAAGCAGCAGCAACCUGGCAGUGGUGGGGCUUGAACCAGCGACCUUCUAGUUACUAGUCCAGUACCUUAACCACUAGGCUACAGCUGCCCUUGCUUGCUAUUAAACAAUUGGAUUAAGCAAGGAUGACCUCCCUAUAGUCACCACGUGUUAUCGGAAGAGAUGGGGAACUUACUAUAAAAAUUUUAGAAAUCGUGCUUUUAUUCAUAUUGGAAUUUUGAGAUUUUCUUUCAGCAUCCUGGAUCAAUCUAUUAAGAAUCUGUAGGACAGGAUUUCAAGAAAAGCUGUUCUUGAGGCGAACUGUAGCUCCUUAUAAGAUCUUUGACAUUAAUAAGUUGUUAAGGGUCUCCAUUAUUUUGUCCACCCUGUAUACUCAUGUAACACAAGUAAAAGCCAAGUCAACAUUUCAGAGUAAGAUGUGUUAUUGUGGCCUCCAAGUUUCGUUUUUGGUUUCCUUGACGUGCUUUAGGGUUUUUUUUUGUUUCUCUGAGCCAAUCACAGUUGAUUAUAAUUAUAUAACAGAUAUCUGACUGGUUUACAUGUCAGACUAACCUGACCUGUUUGUUUGGUUGGUUCUUAAAAGUUGGCGAUGCCAGGGUGGAACAUAAUGUUAUCUUUGUGUUCAGUAGCUUGGAUUUUUAUAAAGCACUGACAUUCACCUGAAGAGUUUCUGCUGGCAAGUUUGUGUCUUCACUUGAGAGCUUCAACCAUGUCACACAGAGGGGUACAUUUUAAAAUUACUUCAUUGAAAUGUAUUUAGAUUUUUAUUUGUAUUGUUUUUCAUUGUUAUUAUGACAGAAUUGAACUGUGCCGACUGACGAGGCUGAAGUUGAAGUUGAAGUUAUUUAGCGGCUGAAGUUGGUUCCUUAUUCAUAAAGGGAGCGUUCGCCAUGGAUAUUUGCUGCACACUUUAUAUUUUACCGACAUAAAUCAACUAAAUGAAGACGUGAACAUAAUUUUUUUGGCUGAUUCUCAUCGUGAUAUUGUCAAUGUA